AUGAAUCCAUCGUAUCCUAGCUCUGAUCUUUCUUCAACUCUUUCAUCCCUCAAAAACCUAAUUGCUCUCUCAAAUCAUGUUCUCUCUGUCACACCAUCACCACCAACCCUAAACGCGAACCUAAUACAAUGCCCUUUCAAUCCACACCACCUUAUUCACCCUCAUUCCCUCUUCCUUCACCACCUUCGUUGCCCUUCCUCUCCGCGCCCUCUUCCCGAUCUCACUCACUCUCUCACUUACCCCCAAACCCUCCACAACUCUCCCUCUGAUCAACUCUCUUUCUAUCUCCACUCCCUCUCCAACUUCUUCUACCGUGAUUGCCCGGCCGUCGUUUCUUUUUCCCAUGCGGACUCCCUCACCAGAACAGCCACCCUCACGCUUCCCGCCUUUUUAUCUAUCGAAUGCGCCGACACAGAUACCCACUCCAACCUCGAGCGACUGUCUCACCACGCGCCCAUUCUCCCCUCUCAGUACUUCUCUAUCGCUCGUGAACUCCAGUCCUGGCAUGAUUUUCCAACCACCUUCUCCAACUUCGUUCGUCGUGCCAUUUUAGGUCUCGGAAUUGCCAACGACCGUGACUUGAUGGAUUGGAUAAUAGCGAAUUCGCCUCGUUACGGCGUUGUUGUUGACACCUCUAUGCAACAGCAUAUGUUUCUGUUAUGCUGCCCGUGUCUCAUGUCGAUUAUAAGAGAAGCUUCCGUUUCCAUGGAAAACAAAAAUUCGCAUGUAAGUUGCCCCGUUUCGAACCAGGCUUUGACGUGGCUAGCGUAUCAGGUUUCGAUCCUUUACGGGGCUGCAAACGGAAAGGCUUUUGUUCUUAAUUUCGUGAAGAAAUGUAUCACGGUUGGUGCGUCUGUUUUGCUGUUGUUUCCUUUAGGGAACGAAGCUGCUUCAAUGCAUGAGUCUCAUAAUUUAGAUACAGGGAGUGGGAACAUUAAGGUGGCAAAAUCUGCCGCUCCAGGUGGAGAAAAGAAAAAUUGCAUACUGGAUAGAAAGAUUUCUGUGUGCCAAGUUGCAGCGGCUGUUGCGGCAUUGCAUGAACGAUCUUUGCUUGAACAGAAAAUUAAGGGAUUUUGGCAGCAGCCAAGUAACUAUCAGCUGGUUGCUGAACAUUCUUAUUUGUCCGAGAAAGCAAAUGAAGAGCGGACAAAACGUCCAGAUUAUAGACCUAUAAUUGAUCAUGAUGGUAUUCAUAGGCCUCAAUUAUCUAACCAGGAAUCAUCUAGAGAAAAGACACGAGAGGAGUUGCUAGCUGAAGAAAGGGAUUACAAACGUCGAAGAAUGUCUUAUCGUGGCAAGAAGACAAAUCAAUCACCUUUACAGGUGAUGAGGUACAUGAUAGAGGAUUUCAUGGAGCAAAUCAAGCAGGCUGAGGGUUUUGAGAGCCCUUUGAAGAUGUCUGAAGAGAGUGGAUUGUUUCCAUUUAAGCCUCCUGGCCAUGACAUUUCUAUGGAAGCUAAUAAUUCAAGAAAAGCUAGUCAUGACUCACCUGCAGUGACAACCAGCAAACCACAUUAUUGUGAGCAACAAUCACACUCUAACUGUUGUGAUGAAAGCAAAAAUUUGGAUGGUGCAUUUUCUAGAGAUUACAAACAACUCAAACAUGAGCGUCAACGGAGCCAUUAUUACCGAGAAGAUCAGUGGAAUGCUGAUCGGGGAAAAUAUCAUAGAAACCGGUCUUCUACAAGCCCUGUAAGACACUCAAGUCAUAGUCAAUCACGGGAGCAUAGUAGCCAUCAUAUCAAACAGGAUUACUACUCAAAUAGAAAGAAGCAUGAUAACUCAUCUAGAUUCAGGGAUAGGUUGCAGAAUGACACUCACGGGAGUCAUAUUUCAGAUUCUUUCCCAAAUAAGACAUUUUCAGAUCGAUAUGACCCUUCUGAAUCUCUUGAUAUAUGUGAUGAUGACAUAUCCUCUGAUGCCAAAUAUAUCAAGUCCGACAAAGAUUGGCUUGGUCAGAACCGUGAUGACACUACAUCUGUAGUGGCCUCAAUUGAAGACAAGGAAAGGAAAUCUUGUUCUGCAAUGGCAACCACCGCCGAGAAUGAAGUAUCUGCACUGAAACAGAAGUUGCAGGAUUUGGUUAAGAGUAUCGUGGACAAUGAUGAUUACCCCGUUCAAGCCGCCAACGAGGCUAUCCAUGCUCUUUCUACCCUCAAGGAUUUGAAAUGCAUCGCUGCUCUCUCAACCAACUUGGAUGAUAAGCGUUUUCCUUCACACUUUCGAUGCCCUCUCUCCAACCGCUUGAUGACAGAUCCUGUUAUAUUGACCACUGAACAGACUUUUGAUCGUCCAUUCAUCCAGAAGUGGCUGGAUCAGGUCCACGGAAUGUGCCCUAUGACCCACCAAGUCCUCUCUCACGCUAUUCUUACUCCUAAUUUCUCGCUCCAAAGCAUGAUUUCAAACUGGUGCAAAAUGAGCGGAGUUGAUAUUCCGAAGUCCAUUUUUGACAUUCACGACGAACAAGUAACCGAGGCACACAGACACCGUCUCCUUUCGUUGCUCGUCAAGCUGUCACUGUCGGUUUCAGAACAGAAAGAAGCUGCAAAAGAGCUUCGCCAGUUAGCAGAACAGAUGUCCGGAAUUCGAUCACUCUUUGGGAACUCACAAAUGAUUGAGCUAUUGACCCGUCCUUUAUCAUCCGGCACAGCUUCUGUGGAUACCGAUCUUCAAGAGGAUUUGAUAGCAACUCUUUUAAAUCUCACAAUUAACGAUGUCAACAAGAGGGUGUUUGUAGAAAACGAAAACGUCCUCACCGUUCUCAUUGAUUCAUUGAAAUCCGGAACAGUUGAAACAAGAAGCAAUGCAGCUGCAGCUUUUUCCUCAUUGUCAUCUCUUGCUUCAAACAAGCCCAUAAUUGGAAAAUCUGGGGCUAUAAAAUACUUGGUGGAUUUACUAGAGGAGGGAGACCCAUUAGCCAUGAAAGAUGCUGGUUCAGCCUUGUUCAAACUAUGUUUUUCGCGUGAAAAUAUAGCGAGGACCGUACGAGAAGGGGCAGUGCAGGUUAUUCUUAACAAGAUCGUUGACCAUGUUCUUGUUGAUGAGUUGUUGUCACUGUUGGCACUUCUGGGUACACAUGCUAAGGCCGUUGAAGAGUUGGUGAGUCACGGUGGUGUCCGUUUCUUGCUUGAUAUCUUGAGGGAGAACACAGGGGAACGCACCAAGGAAAACAUUGCUAUUCUUCUAGAUCUAAUCUGUCACAAGUACCAAGAAAAAAGAGAGGAGAUUAAAGAGGAAGAAAUGGCCCAUGGCACAUUCUCUGAGCUUGCACAAAACGGGUCCCCAUGGGCUAAAAGGAAAGCUAGCUCCAUCCUUUAUUGUCUUGGCAUACAUGAUCCCUCCACUUUCCAAUACACUCAAGUUUUGUGA